AUGCAAGCAAUUAUUACUUUCGGUGUUUUAUGCAUUCUUGCAUUUUCAAGGACAUCAGAUUUAAAAGCUCGAGAAAUUCCAAGAGUUGUUGGUGGAAGUGUUGCAUCAGAGGGUUCCCAUCCCUAUCAAGUAUCAUUGAGAACAAAAAGUGGAUCUCAUUUUUGUGGUGGUGUUAUCAUUGAUAAACGUUGGAUUUUAACAGCUGCUCAUUGUAUUGUUGGUGAUCAACCAUCAUCAGUAUUUGUAGUGACUGGAACAAUUAGUCUCUCACAAGGUGGUACAAAAUACGAAACAGAUUUGUUGAUUGCUCACAAAAAUUACAACAGUGCUGCAUUUUCAAAUGACAUUGGUUUAAUUCGUGUUAAAAUUGAUAUUGAAUUUAGCGAAACAGUUGGCUCAAUAAGUUUACCAACAAGUGAUUUUGAUAAAGAAAAUUAUCCAUGCAAAUUAUCUGGCUGGGGAUCAACAAGUAUGGGAAGUUCAUUACCUGAUAAACUUCAAGAACUUGAUUUACUUGUUAUUGCACAAAAUGAAUGUAAGACUGUUCACAAUAUGAUUACAACUGAUCACAUUUGCACUUAUACUAAAUCUGGUGAAGGUGCUUGCCACGGUGAUUCAGGUGGUCCAUUGACAUCCGAUGGAACAUUGAUUGGUUUGGUUUCAUUUGGAAGACCAUGUGCUCUUGGUUAUCCAGAUGUUUUUACUCGUGUAUGGACAUUUAUCGAAUGGAUUCAAACCAACAUUCAAGAAAAUAGUGUUUACUAAAUUCA